AUGAUGCAGAACCCGCUGCUGUCGUACCCGGCGUUCAGCCACUUCCUGGAGCUGCGCCACCACCACCACCAACAGCAGCAGCACGCCCAGCACAGCCACCAGCAGCAGCACCAGCCGCAGGCGACGGCGGCCUCGGGCGCGGGCGCGCCGCCGCCCCCGCCACCCCCGCCGCCCCCGACGACAUCGUUUUUCAUGUACGCCGCGGCGGCAGCGGCCGCCGCCGCCACCGCGAGGCCGCCCCCCAGCAAGUCGUUCACCAUAGACGCCAUCCUGGGGCUGCGCGCCACCGACCUCAGCACCGCCGCCUCCACCGCCUCCGCCGCCGCCUCCAGGACUGCCGGAUCCGCCUCCGCAGUGGCCGCGUGUCGGAGGACCAACCCUUCUGCUUCGGGCGAGAAGGGCGGCGCCGGUUCUUCGGAGGGUCGCAAGCAGUCGGCGGGGAAGUGCAAGCGCGUACGCACCAUCUUCACGCCGGAGCAGCUGGAGCGGCUGGAGGCGGAGUUCGAGCGCCAGCAGUACAUGGUGGGGCCCGAGCGCCUCUACCUGGCGCACGCGCUCCAGCUCACUGAGGCACAGGUGAAGGUGUGGUUCCAGAACCGACGCAUAAAGUGGCGCAAGCAGCACUUGGAGCUGCAGCAGCAACGGCUGGCGCAGCUGAAGCAGCAGCAGCAGCAGCUGCACCAUCACCAGCAGCACCACCACCACCAGCACCAACCGCAGCAGCCGCAGCAGCCGCAGCAGCCGCAGGUCGGCCGGCUGGAGGCGUCCACGCCCGGCGACAGCGACGGCGACAGCUGCAACAGCGGGCCCGACAGCCCCCCGCCCCCUCCCCCGCCCCCGCAGCAGCAGCAGCCAGCCUUCCCCACGCAGUAGUCCGGUCCGCUGUCCCAGCCAAGCGACUACCAUUCUGCACCAAUUGUCCACACCGCCAGUUGGGGUGGCCAAACUCUCUUCACCAGCUGCCCGUCUCGCAGAGGCACCGUGGCGAUUUGCAGCUUGGAGGCCUACUCCUCAGCAGCUGUCUUGGUGCUUAGCAGCAGCUGUCAGCGAAUGACACCACCUCUUCUGGUGGCAACGAACGGUGGUGGCUCAUUCAACGUGGCACCUACAAAUCACCAUUGCUGAUCCAGAACUACUACUGGCACCAUAUACUUCGUACCACAGACGCAUGAUGGCUGCUAGCGUUCAUUUCGCAGCAGGUUAUCACGUUACCGAUGGCGGACAGUAGUAUGUGGCACCAUUCCUUUACACGAUUUCGAAGCCACCGAUGUACGAUGCUCGUCUCCCUACGUGAUAUAUUACAGAGGCGUAUGAUUUACAUCGAACUCAAUGAAUUUCCUCGACUGUAACGCUUCUUGGGCAUCAUGAAUGUUUAUUCCCUUCCAGCUUAUCUUCUCUGUCCAGAAGUGUUUUCUGUGAGACAUUUUUCUUAGAGUUAUUAUUUUUCUCCGAUUGGCCAGAGCACCUUUGCAUUUGCGACUCUGCUCAUCCAAGGUAUUCAGCAAGGCAUCUCCAACUCAACAUUUCACGCACUUGAAUGUGUUUUGUAAGGUUCAAAUCCAUUAGUCUUUUUCGCUACUAUUCGAGGUCACCGACUGUACAAACAGUUUCAAAAAGGCUUUCUAACUUCUUGGGCCAGUUCACCGAAUUAAUAACAUUACGUCGUUUGUAGUCCAUCCCUUUUUCUACCAUUUCGAGGUUCACCCAGUAAAUGGCUGCCUUCUUGCUUCUUCGUUUGCAAGAAUCUGCGACCAGUUUGUGGUACCAGUAAACAUUUAUUUUGCACUUUUCACUUGUCAAUAAAGCUAUUUUCUUGUUUUGCUGAUGAGUAAAACCAUACUUUGGUGCAAAGCAAUUUUUCGCGCUGUUCAUUACAUAAGCGUUGCGGAUUUAAGAUAGAAUUUCAACAAAGAACUACCUCACUAAACUAAUUUGUUAUGAAUCUGUAUCACCCUGCCCUCACAGUCCAAGAAAAAUUUAAAGAGUUAUUAUCAAAAUAAUAAGACAACCCAGUCAGUUCUGAGAAUCCUGGACAAAGACUUAAAGCGCUAAAAAAUAACUGCAAAAUCUAUACGCAGGGUUUUUUCUAUAGUACAUACUCUUCACAUGCCAAGUGCUGUUUUCCUUCAGCAAUGUGUUCGUUGUAUCGUAUCUUUUAAUUAAACCUUUUCAGCUGUUAGGCUGUACUUCGUCUGAACACAAAUUUUAUUGAAAAUAAGAAAGUCCUGCAGAAAUAAAUAAUUUCCUUGUAGUACACUUCAAGUACAAUGGAACUACUUUCACUCGAUCCUGUUGUAGCUACAGGAAUCCGGCCGUAAUGACGCUGUUUGCGAAUGCUCCUACCAAAAAGCCACCGACUCACCGAGCACUUCAGAGAGACAGUGAACUUUGCAAGUUGUGAACCAAAAGUUACGCGGGAGAGCUCAUUUGGUCAACUGCCAGGAAUCUUUGGGACAAAAGACUCUGACAAACAAUACUGGAAACCGAUUUUCGCAGCUGUGCGAGAAGAGCAUCCUAAAUCAUCGAACUAUCGCUGAAACUUUGUUCUCCAUUUGCGGGACAACUUCGGUGCCACGUUAACUUCUCAGAGACGCAUAAUGCAGAGCGGUUAGCUGUGCUAAGGUGAGGUGAAAACGUGCCCGGAUAAUGCUGUGUGGAAUCUUCGUUACAGCCGUGUGUCUGAAAUGAACUUGGGCGGAUAGGAGGCAAUGAAAUUGCAAUGUACAUAAUUUUGCGCAGCUAUUUGUUAAUAUGUAAAUUCGUGUAUGUUCUCGAAAUAGUGUACUGUAAGAUAAUGUUUUGAGCUUAGGUUUAACGUGAAAACUUACAACGACGGGUAUAUGAACAAAGUUAGCAUUGUGAAGAUAAAUGUUUUUUCGUGAUCUCUAUACCACAUUUGAACCGGCAACUUGAAGUGUGUUACAAAGUUCAAUGGAUUCGCUAGUGUCAUUACAAACUGAAAAUGACCGCAUGACCAAAAGUUUACAAAUACUGUACAAUAUAUUUACUGUAAUUGUAAAAGAAUUCCAUCUGGUUUUCGUAUUUUCUCUUUUUACUUUCUUUUGUUCGUGUUCCCUCCAGUUUUAGUACCAGUAUGUAAGAUAUUUUUGUUUUCUACAAUACAAAAGUUUGUAUUUACCUGAGUAUGGAGUUAACGACAUAUGUAUGUAGUUAUGUUACCUAAUAAAAGUAGUAACUCUGUU